AUGACUACAAUAACUUCUUCAGAAGGAGAUACAGAGGUGGUCAGUGCCAGAAGAACAGAAUCACAUGAUGUUUCAGAUAUUAAGAGCCUCUCCAACUAUUUUACAGAAGUCAUUUUUGGAAGGAUUGAUGUCAUGACCCUUUUAGAAAAGUCAAAUCUUGCAUUGACACUCUGCAAUGAGAAGAAUGAAAUUAUAGCCAGUGCUGUGUUUCUGGACUAUCCAAAUUGGGAUGUCACUGAUCAGUCUGAUUGGGAAUCAUUCUUACAUGAAAACUACAUUAACAAUAAAUGCACUCCUUUAAACACAUUGUUCAUGCAUCUUUUUGUGGCAAAACAAGAAUAUGCAGCUGGAUGUUCCCAAGAAAUUGUUAGGAGAGCUUUCAUCACAGUACCAGAACUGCAGUUUAUACUUCUCUUCAUGCCAGCUAUUGUGGAUUUAGAGCCAAACAUGGGAAAUGUCUUUGAAAUUAUGAUGACUGCUCCAGGUUCAGUAGUGGAUUUAGAUUUUACCUUGCUCAUGUGCCCCAGACAUCAGUGUCACCCACGGUUGUAUGUGCGCCAAGCAAGACUGGAAGAUUAUGAUGAUGUCCUGCCAAUCCUGACACCUCAGUGUGAGGUUUUGAAAAUAAAAUUUGAGAAUGAAUAUUUCCUUGCUGACAUUAUAGAAAGUCAAGAUGAAGACAAUCAGGCAGUUGUUUGUGAGGAUGCUGACACUGCAGUAGGAUUCAUGAGCCUGUGUUCUCAAGUAAAUAUUUCCUUGUUUCAAGAGUGCUUUGAUCUAGGGCCUUUCCAUGGACUCUGUAAACCACAUCCUGAAGAUAUUCUCAAAAUGCCACAGAAGCCAAACAUUCAAGAAGAUGAAGAUAAAAGCAACCAAACAAGUCAAGAAACAGAGUCUGUUUCAUCUCCAAGCUUUGAAUGUGUUCAUGAUCAGGAUGCAGCUGUGCAGAAAGACAGAGCCACUGCUGUUUCCCAUACUGAACUGCUGUUAGAUGAUGUCAAAGCCUCAGCAACACCACUUCUGGAGACUGAAGAAAAAGGUGCUUUUCGUCCAGUGUACAGAGGAGCUUCAAAUGCUUUCUGUAUCCAUCUGUUUUGUAUUGAUGAGAAGUAUGAAACUAGGUCACUGGAUUUUCUGCAUUAUGUUUUCAAGCUUUUCCCAGACAAAGACUUCUGUGUCUUCCUCCUGCCACAUCAGGUACCAGAGUUCUACCUGCUCCGGAGUUUUGUUCGAGUUGUCCCUUUCUGUACUUCCAAAGUUGGUCAUGAGCUUUAUGUGUUCCACCGUGCAGGAUUGCUGAAGGCAUUUAAUGUAAGGAAGGCAACAACCAAUGACCUGCUUGGUGUUAAAACGCUCAUUAAAACCCUUAGCUUGAAUGAAAGUAUGUUGAAUGACUCAGAGAUAUUUACUCUGGCUCGCAGGGAUCCAGAUGGGACCCCGGUACAGGCUUUCGUAGCAGAAGUUUUGGAUCAAAUAGUUGGCAUUUCUGUCAUUAGAGAUGAAAUGGAUAUUGAGUAUAUUCGAUCACAUUACAACAUUGAAGAUUUUAUUAAUUUUAAUCUCUACCAGCAAGAGGAACAUGGACAUCUUUACCACUUUGUCUUAAAUCCUAUAUUUCAUCACUAUACAAAACACUUUCUAAAGGAGAUUCUUCGCUUGGGCCACAAAUCUUCUCUUUACUAUCCUGUUUAUCCACAAUAUGUGGAAGGCAAGGUAAGUGUCUUUCAGUUUCAGAAUCCCUGUGCCCAUUCCCUGACAUCUGCCCUUCAUUACAUGGUUCCCGUGCGACCACGACGACAGAUUGUCUAUCCUCUGGAAGAGCUUGGCAUAAACGCUCCAUCAGAGCAGGUCUCCAAGGAUCAGUUGGGCUAUUCUUUGAACCACAUAAAUCGAAAGCUGCUCCUGGAAUCUAAAGUAUCUAUCAACAGUAGAAUUGUGGUGGUUGGUGCAUCUGAUGUUGGAAUCGCUUUCCUGGAAACGCUCAUUUUUCACCCUCAUCUGAAGUUCAACAAUCUGACCUUGAUUUCAAUUCAUGGCCUUCCAGGAAAAGACCGACAAGGCUCCAAACAUAGAAGAUUUUUAAUUAACAGCCACUGUUUUAAUGAUGAAGAUUAUGCACAGAUGUCACUUUGUUCCUGGGUUAACGUUGUGGUUGGUAAAAUGACUGGCAUAAAUCGCACUGCCAAAUAUGUAGUUGUUUCCAAAGAGAAAAAAGUACCAUAUGACUACCUUGUUCUCUGCAUGGGACUGAAAUACCAGGUCCUGGCUCCCACAGGAGCAGAUAUCAGUACACUCCCAACUAACAGAGAAGUCAUGAGUAAGUGGCCACAGAGAUACACAGGGAAAGUCCCUUCCAAUCAUUUUACUCUCAAUGAUGAUCAGGACUGCUUAAGGGCAAUGUGCUGGCUGAAGGAAAACGUCGUCAACUCAGAAGGGAACGUCAUUGUUUAUGGGAAUACAAUUGACAUUUACACCACGGUAGAGACCCUCUUAUCUCUUGGAAUUGAUGGUUCUCGCAUACAUCUGGUACAGCCUCCACUCAGCUCCAAUGUUACUUGCCUUAACAACAACGAUAUCGAAAGUGCUGUUCAGGAGGCUCUGUCAGAGGCUGGCGUGUCUGUUUAUUGUGACAGCAUCCUGGCACAGUGGAACCGAAGCGACGACCCAGACCUCAUCACGUGUGCUGCUUUCACUACUAAUACAAAACCCUUUAAAUUGCAGUGUUCAGCAUUUUUUAGCUUUGCCUACAGGACAGUGGAUUAUGAAACCUUUAAGGCAAUUAAUGAUGCUUGCCUUGUUUUUGAUGGAAGACUAGUGAUUGACACCGAGUUCCACACUAAUGAUGUCAGUAUCAGGGCUGCAGGUCCUUUAACAAAGUACUCCAGGAGAUAUUACGUAGAGGAAUGGACACACAGCAACUUCAAUUCAAGAGAGAUUGGCUUUGAGCUUGCCACAUCCAUGUUGCAUCUCUUUGACCCAAACCAUAAGCUUGUUUCUGAGCCACCAGAAGGCUCAGAUAGACUCAUCCCCAUGUACAAGGGCUGUCAAAUUAAAGGAGGUGUUCUUCCUAGAGGUUAUAAUUACUUGCAUCUUUCCAAACCAGAAAUCCCCAUCCGCUUGGACUUACAACUUGCACUGUGUGAUCAUGGAAUGGAGUUUAUAACUGGAGAGGCAAGACAUGGGAAUUAUUUCAGGAUGCACAUCAACAAAUAUAAUAUGGUAGAUAGCAUCACCUGCUUUUCAGUGGAACCCUUUCCUGUCUCCAACUACAUUUGCUUGUAUGGACAGCAUGAGCGUCUCCUUAAUGAUUUUUGUUACCGCUGGAAUGAGGGGCAGAUCACAGAUCUCUACAGCUACUUCAGGGAGUCUUGGUCCAUGGCCAUCUAUCACGAUCGGUUUAUUGAUCUCAAGAAGGAACUGCGCCAAAUCCUGAUCUCAGAACAGGUAAGAAAAAUUACCACCAACUGUAAAAAGGUGGCAGGGUGACAAAAGGAGGGACAUAGCCUAGACAGUAGCCCACCCAUUUCCACGACCCAAACCGGCAUACUGGCUGUCGUCGUCAGCUGCAGCCACGCGCGCUCGGCCCCUGCCUCCUCCCAGAGGGCUAGAGGCAAUUUUCCUCCUAUUGUCACGACACAGAAAGUGCCUCAGCGCAGUUUUAUUUUAGACUCUCUUGCAAGGCAUCUAUAA